AUAUUCGACGAAUCUGGUUUAUUUGUGAUGGAACUUAUACUUGUGAAGAUGUAAUUUUUGUCAUCCCUACCAUGAUUUCAGACCCAAGUUCCAAAACCCUAGUGCUGGAUCAUCUAAUUUGAUCUAAGUUUUUUUUUUUUUUCAAUCUGAAUUUGAUAGAGAUGAGUCAACCAUCAGUGGUGCUAGCAACGGCUAGCUAUGAUCACACUAUAAAAUUUUGGGAGGCCAAGAGUGCCCGCUGCUAUCGAACUAUUCAAUACCCAGAGUCACAAGUUAAUCGUCUUGAAAUUACUCCGGAUAAACGCUUCUUGGCUGCUGCUGGAAAUCCUCACAUUCGAUUAUUCGACAUCAACUCGAACAGUCCUCAGCCGCUGAGGAGCUUUGAUUCACACACUAAUAAUGUGAUGGCAGUAGGAUUUCAGUGUGAUGGAAACUGGAUGUAUUCUGGAUCUGAAGAUGGCACUGUAAAGAUUUGGGAUUUGAGGGCCCCAGGUUGUCAGAGGGAAUAUGAAAGUCGGGCAGCUGUGAACACUGUAGUUUUGCACCCUAAUCAGACUGAGUUGAUAUCUGGAGACCAAAAUGGCAAUAUCCGUGUAUGGGAUUUGAGAGCAAAUUCAUGUAGCUGUGAGUUGGUACCGGAGGUGGAUACAGCUGUUCGUUCUUUGACUGUAAUGUGGGAUGGAAGCUUAAUUGUUGCUGCAAACAAUCGUGGAACAUGUUAUGUUUGGCGUUUACUACGUGGCACCGAGACAAUGACCAACUUUGAGCCUCUGCAUAAGUUACAGGCUCAUGAUGGUUAUAUCCUCAAAUGUCUUCUUUCCCCUGAAUUAUGCGAACCUAACAGGUAUCUGGCGACUGCAUCUUCUGAUCAUACUGUCAAGAUUUGGAAUGUGGAUGGCUUUACCUUGGAGAAAACUCUGAUAGGACACGAACGCUGGGUUUGGGACUGUGUAUUCUCUGUAGAUGGUGCUUUUCUCAUCACAGCAUCUUCUGAUACAACAGCAAGAUUAUGGUCCACAUCUACAGGCAAAGAUAUCAAAGUAUACCAAGGGCAUCAUAAAGCAACAGUAUGUUGUGCUCUACAUGACGGGCCUGAACCUUCUAGCUGAACUUGGAUCAUGCAUUGUUCAUCUUACUUUCAGACAAAUUGUUCAAUGAACAUAUAGAUGGCCCCCGAGGGGACUAGUUUAGUGGUAAGAUCCUGCAGUGCAUGAUGUGUUGGGCUGAUGCAGUGCAUGCAUUUGAGCCUUGCCGCAUACAAAAGCUUGGUAUUUAAGUGGAAAAUGGUAGAUGAACAGACUGAUUAUCCGCUGAAAUUGUGUCGGCUGGCCCUCAAGGAUUUCCUGGUUAUCAAAAAUAUUUUAAAUGUAAUUUGGAUGAUUAAUGUGGUGUUGUACAUGAUGUUCAGUUUAUCCUGUUUUCUGUGCAUGUGUACAGAAGUGACAUUCUACCAUUA